UAUAGUACAGUGCUCACAGUUACUGAUAUUAACAGGAUUUAUCAUUUACAGAGCUUUCAGGAUAUAUGUCAAAACUAAAAAUUUGGGUUGAACAUCAGGUUAGAAGAUUCGUCGGAUUCAUUGUAAUCUAUUUUUUCACUUGUUCAAUUAAUUUCAAGAUUACACCAGAAAAAGCAAAGUACUGACAGAAAGAAAGGAAGACUACAGAAAACAAACAGUAAGAAUAUAAGCAUGCUGGCAGAAGGAUAUCUCUAUGUCCUUGCCUUCUGGGAACAGGAACAGUAUAAUGCUAGCAUAUUUAGAAGCCCAACAGAAGAAAACAGAGUAGAAGAGCUGCCAUCUGUGGCAGGUAUCACUUACUCUUCCACAGGAGACCUUCACAGAAGAUCAUUUUUUCAAAGAUGUAAAUCAAUAGGAAGAUUUAUAACAAGAUCCCAUGAAAGAAAAGAAGACAAGGUACUAAAGGAAAGUACAGUGGAAGUCAAUCAGGAUAUGUCAGCUGAUAGGAAAAUGUCAUGUGUUGUUGACAUUCCUGGAAGUGCUAGCAUAGGAAAGGAUACAUAUUUAGUUCCAUCGUCUUGUAAAAGCAUAUGCAAAAAUUACAAUGACCUGCAUAUUGCAGGCGAUCAAGUGAUGCCACUUGACUCUACAACAACAGAUUUUACUUGUGACAGUAGUGUGGAAUUUUAUGAUGGCCCCUUUUUGCAGUCAUCAGAAAUUCCUUCACCAAUGGAGUCCUUAAGGAUGACGCACGAGUUGCCACGUAGAACAGCUGCAGGAGAUUCUUCAUGCUGGCGACUGGGUAGUGCAAAAGAUAAAAGUAUCAUGCAUCCCUCUCAGCCACUUUCAAAUUCAAUGCUAAAUGAGUACUUGGAGCAGAAAAUGAUGGAGCUCUAUAAACAAUACAUGAUGGACAAUAUGCUGCACAGUGUCUCACCAUCAAAUAUAUUGGCAUGUGAACAUAUAAUGAACAAUGUUGACCAAAUCUGUAUACAGAUCUCUCGAGAACAAAAUAUGGAAACCAGCAAGGCAAAAGACAUGGUCCUAACAUGUCUACUACAAGUUGCUAGUGGAAGGCAGUCCACUGAAAUCAGCACUCCUUAUUUGUUGAUUUCUUCAGAGGGUGAUGCAAAGCAGCAGUCACAAGAGUGAGAUUUCUCUAAAUUAUGCAAUUUUUUUCUAAGAAUGUAUAUCUUGUUUGCUGAUUCACUUUUGCUUUGCAUUUAUGCACUUCAGUAGCUUUCUGUCUAAUGAAACUGAAUUGCCUGGCCAAUAAUUUAGUCCAUUUUUGAAAUAAAUGUUUGUUGCAGAAAAGAAAGCAUGGACACUGAUUAUUUUCCAAUAUAAUAAAGUAAGAUUUUUUUGUAUUUUAAUGCACUGGAUUAUUUUACUGCACUUUCAGAUAUAUUUAAAUUGCCCAGGUUCUCAUGGAGAUAAAUAAUGCCUCUAUGAUGUUCUUCCAAACAGUAUUUGAAAAUUAAAAACAAAAUAAAUAAAUAAAAUUCAUUGUAAUUGAACUGGAAGUACAAUUAUACCAUUCAUCUGCUGUGAUAAUACUGUAUGUAAAAUAUUACAAACUAUUUUCUUAAACCA